AUGCCGUCUGCACCUAAAGCUGCGUACGAGGUUUCUCAGGAAGUAAGACAAUAUCUCCCAACUUUUCGACAAAAAUAUCGAGCCUUACUGCGCGAAGCAACUUAUCUUCCUGACUCCGCCGCUCGAACUUUCGUACAUGAUCAGAUCGUCAAUCGGUACAAUCCUCCCAACCCCAAAAAACUCAAUCCGAAAUUUUGGGGCACCGAUUUUUUUCGAUCAAAAGUUGAUUUGAAUAAAUUGGAAUCAAGAUCCAAAAAGACGACACAAAAAUUACAUUUAUUGGAGCGUGUAAACCUUGAAGGAAGUUCCAAGGAUCUGCAACAUGUUUUACUGAGGACAUAUGGACGAGCUGGGGUAAGGAGGAGGGAAUUACUUUCUCAAUUGUUGAGACCUGGAGAGGAGGAGGUGCCGCAAGAUGACACAGCAUUGUCGCAGAUCAUUGAUAACCAAAUUGCAAAAAAACUGGACGCGACAAGAGAUGUCGAUAUAGACAAGGCAUUAGAUGUAUCCAAGAGGCAACGCCGUGAGCACAAAGAAAUAGCAUUAUUUAUCGCAAGUCAACAAGCAACCAGUCCGAUGGAAUCGAUGCGGGGAAGAAUAAAAAAAAUCAAACCAGAUAUACCAUUAACGAAUGCAUGGGGACGCAAACUUCCAGUGAAGCGCAAAGCGAACAUGCUACGUACAUGGUGGGCUAAUCUUCUGGAACGAGUUCUGCCCCCAUUACCUGAACAUGAAUGGAAUAGGUUGAGAGAUUUAGCAGAAGGAAUACAACCCAUUGAAUAUGCACCUCCAAGGCGAAAACCAGCGAUUCUGCGCAAUUUGGACACAUCCGACGAGUCCAUCGGAAGAGAAAUGAAUUCGCUAUAUAAUGAACCAGCCAGACUGCAUGCGAAUUUUUGGGCCAAAUCAACGGAGAAAGCACGCUCAGAGACUCCGGAAACCCCAGAUGAUGUAAAACAUAAUUCGACACGGGCGAGGCGAAGAAUGUAUCGCAUGAUUUGGAGUCUUUCAUCGAAAAUGGUGCAGGAUGAAAGUACCAGAGAAUACAAAAUAACUUGGGGAGGACAACGUUCACCGGCUGCUGCAGGAGAAAUCACCAAACCAUCAUUAAAAGAUAAUGAAUUUUUCGAAAUGCCAAAGGAUGGGUUGGCCUAG